CUAAUCCAGGAAGUGAAAAGCACACAGCAGUAUCAGUUGGGGAGGAGCCUCCCAACAUGACUUUGCUGAAGCGAAACUGUAGAGAGACUAUUUUGGACAGGACAGGAACAAACUUUAUAAACAGCUAGACGCCGAGACUCUUAUAUCUGUGGCACCACAAACAGAAAGAACCGUAUCCACAAACGCAUACAGAUAUGACCACCUCCAGCAGUCUCCUGUCUGAAGAGCAGUUCCUGUGCUCUAUCUGUCUGGAUGUGUUCACUGAGCCGGUCUCGAUUCCAUGUGGACACAACUACUGCAAGGCCUGUAUCAGUGGAUACUGGGAUACCAGUGACCUGUGCCAGUGUCCAUUAUGUAAGGAGAAAUUCUACAGGAGGCCUGAGCUUCGCAUCAAUACUUUCAUUUCUGAGAUGGUUGCUCAGUUCAGGAAGUCUGUUCAGUGGAAAGUUACCAGCAGUCCAGGGCAACGCACAGCCAAACCAGGAGAAGUGUCCUGUGAUGUUUGUACUGGGAUGAAGCUCAAGGCCCUGAAGUCCUGUCUGGUGUGUCAGACCUCUUACUGUGAGACUCACCUGGAGCCUCAUCAGAGAGUCCCAGCCUUGAAGAGACACAAGCUGAUCAACCCUGUGGAGAACCUGGAAGACAGGAUGUGUAAGAAGCACGAGAGAUUCAUGGAGCUGUUCUGUAGGACUGACCAGACUUGUCUUUGUGUCUUGUGCUUGAAAACAGACCACAUGACUCAUGACACUGUCCCUCUAGAGGAAGAGUAUGGAGAGAAGAUGGCUCAACUGGGGAAAAUGAUGGCAGAGGUAGAACAGAAGAUGCAUACAUAUUUUAGGAAGGUUCAGGAGAUCAAAUACUCAGUAGAUCUCAGCAAGAGAGAAGCAGAGAGGGAGAUAUCAGACAGUGUACAGGUCUUCACUGCUCUGGUUCGCUCCAUUGAGAGAAGCCAGACUGAGCUCAUUGAGGUGAUUGAAGAGAAGCAGAAAGCAGCAGAGAGGCAGGCUGAAGGGCUCAUUAAAGACCUGGAGCAGGAAAUCACUGAGCUACAGAGGAGAAGCACUGAACUGGAGCAGCUCUCACACACUGAGGACCACCUCCACCUCAUACAGAACUUACCAUCCCUCUGUACCCCUCCACCCACCAAGGACUGGUCUGAGAUCAGUGUUCACAGUGAUCUGUGUGUGGAGACUGUGAGGAGAGCUGUAUCUCAGCUGGAGGAGACACUGAAUAAAGAGAUGGAGAAGCUUCCUGAAGUCAAACUGAAGAGGAUUCAGCAGUAUGCAGUAGAUGUGACUCUGGACCCUGAUACAACACAUCCCUACCUCAUCAUGUCUGAGGAUGGGUUUUAAUCUGAAAAUCUAACUGGCCAGUAAAAUAAAUACAUUUAAAAUAGUAAUAAUCUGUUGUCAUACAUCACAAUUAAUAUUUCAGACACACAAAUAUCAUGCUUCCAAGACAUGCGAACCUCUCACUAUUACAAUAAUGGGGGGUUAGCAUUUUGUGCGUCUAACUUUCUCACUCAUCCUUAUUCACGAUUCAUUCAGGAUUAUCUGUCAUAAUGGUAGCAUCCACAUUAAUGUAAAAGUAUUUUUUUAAACUAUUCUAUUAUUUUAUAAGUGGCUCCAAAAUGACACAAUACAUUAUUUACAGAAUUAUUUAUAUUUGGUACUAAAUAGUGUGAAACGCAACCAAAACAAACAGCAAAUGGAUCUAACAAAUGUGUAGAGUUACAAGUUUGAUGUUGUCAUUGUGUGCUAGGAAUAUGGUACCAAAUACUCAACUUUUUACUACUCUAAUACACAUAUAAGUGAAUUUGUCCCAAUACUUUUGGUCCCCUGAAAUGGGGGGGACCAUGUAUAAAAAGUGUUGUCAUUUCUAAAUGGUGAAACCAGUAUGUACACAAAUACCCUGAAAUAAAAGCAGAACAUCUUUACUUUAACCAUAUAGUAAUAGUUUCAGUUCAAAUCCAAACUUUUGGAGUAUAGAGACAAAAUAAGAAGAAAUGCUUCACUGUCCCAAUAAUUACGGAGGGCUCUGUAUAUAGUAUAUACAUUUUAUAUGUUUAUGUAUAUAGUAUAUACAUUUUCUGUUACGAAAAUUUGGGGGUGCAAAUAAAACCACCCUUGGGCCAAAUUCUGCCAGUUGGGACCCCUGAUGUAGCGGAUCUAGUUUCGUGUGUGUGUGUGUGUGUGUGUGUGUGUGUGUGUGUGUGUGUGUGUGUGUGUGUGUGUGUGUGUGUGUGUGUGUGUGUGUGUGUGUGUGUGUGUGUGUGUGUGUGUGUGUGUGUGUGUGUGUGUGUGUGUGUGUGUGUGUGUGUGUUGGCUCCGCUUGUCCGUGGUUCUUGGCCUCGUCUUGCAUGAGGCCCCAUGUUAGUUUAAAAAGACACUGGAUUCCAUUUUCUCCCUACGUUCCUGCCAGGAGCACCUCUGUGUUACACGGCGUGUGAGGGAUUAUUCCCUCCUGGGAAUCCUGCAAAUGAAUCUUAAUCACCGUGGAAACAGGCUAGUGGAACGUAUAGGGAGGGAGGGACAGAUCCGGAGAUGGGAAUUCAGGAAGUUGUUCUGAUUGGGUUGUGGUGUUGUCAUUCAGUGAAACAGAGGUUCUGUUCUCUUGCUUUAUAUAGCUAUUGUAUUUAAUCAUAACUGUGUGUUGUUGUGUGUGUCUGUAAGCCUGUGUAUUGACGGUAGCAGCAGCACUGGUCUGAGCACCCAGACCUCUACUAGCCUAUAUUUAGUCUGUGUGGUGGACAUUGUUUUGAGCCCAAAUGGACUACAGAGACUGAUAAUAAAUGCAGUGAGAGAGAUUGAGUGUGUCAGCCAGCAAAGCAGUUACCCUGCCAACUGCAGUGCUUCUAUUCUGGGGGCAUGGGCACAAAAUGGCUGCCGUUACUCACAGGAUGUAAAUUACAUCUGCCUUUGAGACAGUCUUGAGAUGCAGGUCCAUGUGUGUAGACAGUGGUGCUGGAGCAGUUUUUUGUAAAUGACAUCAUCAUUUCCUCAAUGUUUGUACCGACAGAUGUAGACAGUUGAUUAGCCUGUCAGUAUAGAAGAUGCAUAAAAUGCAUCAUCCAAUUGCAACGUCUGCCUAUGCCCACUCAUAUUUCCUCUAGAAAAUGUUCCAUUUUUAAUACCCUCAAACAUAUAAUUAGGAAUAAGCCACCAUCAUUGUCAGUCAUUUAACUGGUGAAAUGUCCAAACUGCAUCUCCAAGUCAGCCAUUUGAUGGAUCUCAAUGAGUUUCAUGGGAAUAUGAAUGUAGAUCUUCUUGAAUGACUGUUUUGUGAGUGAAUUAGAGCAGAUGGUGUUAACACACUUGUCCGUUCUUGUUUCAAUUAAAGCAGAAAUCCUGCCUAGUGAAA